GGCUGUCCCCGGCUGUCCCCGGCUGUGUCAGUUCCCGGGAUGCUGCGGCGGCUCCCGGAGCGGCCGUGCUCGCUGGCGCUGUUGCUGGCUUGCCAGCUGGCGUUCGUGGCCUAUUUCUCGCUGGGGGGGUUCCGGAACCUGACGGCGCUGCUGGGCCGCGGCACCGGGCCCGCCGUGGAUUAUUCCAGAACGCACGAUGUCUACGCCAACCUCAGCCGGCUCGGAACCGGCCGCGACGGAACGCCCGACCCCGCCAGGCCCCUGCCGUACUGCCCCGAGAGAUCGCCUUUCCUCGUGGGUCCCCUGACCGUGUCGUUCGCCCGGGUCCCCACCCUGGAGCAGAUCCGGGCCAAGAACCCGGGGGUGGCCCCGGGGGGCCGGUACCGCCCCCCGCUGUGCGAGGCUCGCUCCAGAACCGCCGUCAUCGUCCCCCACCGGAACCGCGAGAGCCACCUGGGCCACCUCCUGUACCACCUGCACCCCUUCCUGCAGCGGCAGCAGCUGCACUACGGCAUCUACGUGGUGCACCAGGCCGGGAACUCGACGUUUAACCGCGCCAAGCUGCUGAACGUGGGGGUGAAGGAGGCUCUGAAGGACGAGGAGUGGCAGUGCCUGUUCCUGCACGACGUGGAUCUGAUCCCCGAGAACGAUCACAACCUCUACACCUGCGACCCCGCCAGCCCCCGCCACGUCUCCGUGGCCAUGAACAAAUUCGGCUACAGCCUGCCGUACCCGCAGUAUUUCGGGGGGGUCUCGGCGCUCACCCCCGAUCAGUACAUGAAGAUCAACGGAUUCCCCAACGAGUACUGGGGCUGGGGGGGCGAGGACGAUGACAUCGCCACCAGGGUGCGCCUGGCGGGGAUGAAGAUCUCCCGGCCGCCCGUCUCCAUCGGCCACUACAAAAUGGUCAAACACAAGAGCGACAAAGGCAACGAGGAGAACCCGCACAGGUUUGAGCUGCUGGUGCGGACGCAGCGCUCGUGGACGCAGGACGGGAUGAACUCUCUCAGUUACGCGCUGCUGGCCAAGGAGCUGCGGCCGCUCUACACCAACCUGACCGUGGACAUCGGCACCGACCCCCGGGGGGGUCCCCGCGCCCCCCGCGGCUCCUCCUCAUCCUCCUCAUCCUCCUCUUCCUCCCGCUUCCGCCAGGAGAUGCUGCGCAAACCCCCCCGCGGGGACCUGGCGCUGGCACCGGCGCUGGCACCGUCACCGUCACCGGCGCCGUCACCGCGCGCCAACGGCAGCGCCUCGGGGGGCAACCAGAGCGUGGCACGGGGACCCCCCUGAGACCCCCCCCCGACCCGGGUUUGGACUCUGGGGGGGCUGGGGGGGCUCACCUGAACCCCCAAACUGCCUUUGGAUUCUGGGGGGGCUCACCUGAACCC